CAGACUAGUCUGAGUGAAAGCUUUCGCUGGAUAGAAACCUUUAAGUUGAAAUAAUGUUGGACGUUCGGCAUGAAAAACCGAUAACACCAAAAACGAUAAUGAUGACGGUGCUGCUAGUAGGUUCUUUGAUACUGGUGCAAGUUUCCAUUGCCAUUUAUACAUAUCGCAUGUUGAAAACGGAGAUUGAGAUUGAAAUCAAUAGACAAGUCCGUUUGGGGCAUAACGCUAUUGUGGAAGAUGUUGGAGAAAUUGAAUUGAAAAAUGUGGAUGAGCAGCUAUUCGUUGAAGCAGAUAUCUUCAAUCGUCGAAAGAGGAGCGACGAUGUUUGCAAGACAAUUGAAGAAAAUUGUCCAAUUAGAGGACCGCCCGGAGUACCUGGAGUUCCUGGUGUUCCCGGACCUGCUGGUUAUCCUGGAAGACCGGGACCGCCAGGCGAAAGAGGGCCACUGGGAGUGCCAGGAGCGAUCGGACGACCAGGCGUAUCGGGAGCGCCGGGAAGACCUGGACUGAUGGGACCACCAGGACCGCCAGGAAGGUAACCAGAUGAAAUUAAUUGUAAUAAAAAUGAUUUUCGAUUAGCAAUACAAAACGUGCUAUAAA